AGGCGAAAAACAUCUUGUUUUCUCUCUCCCCAGCCAAAAGAAAAAAAUCACAAACUCAAAAAGGAAUUUAUCUUUCUCUCUAUUUUCGCGGAUAUGGAUUUCCACAGCCUUCUGAGAAGGGAUCUUCAAUUUCUCUGCAAGAGGAACAAAAUCCCUGCCAAUAUGACCAAUCUCGCCAUGGCCGAUGCUCUCAAAGCUCUUGACAUUGUUGAAGGUCUUAAUGAAUACAUGAAUCAAUCCGACUCCAAUGUUCUUCAGUCACCAACCAGUGUAGCAAAGCAGCCGCCAAGUACUGCAACUAGAACAACUCGAAGGAAGACAGCAAUAAAAGCUGAACCUCAGUCGUCAUCACAGCUGGGGAACCGUUCUUGUCAUAUGACGAGCAAGUCUCUAGCAAUCACAGAAAUGGACCAGGAAACUAUAAACAAGAAUGUUUCUCAACAACCGGAUACUAACAUUGUCAAGUCUCAAGACAAUGUGGCCAAGACUCCUGCAGCACGAAGCACAAGGAAAGCUUUAGCAGCAACUUCUUGUAGCAGCAAAGUUCAGGAGAGUAAGAAGGAUGUGUUGGUCCAGUCGGUGUACAGCACAAGGAGAUCAACCAGGCUGUUAGAGAAAUGUAUGGCUGAUCUGAGUUUGAAGACUAAAGAAACCUCGGUUAAUGAUAAACCUGAGAAGAAUGAAGAAACAGAACAAAAAGUAUCUGCACAGGAGAAGAUUCCAGCUGAUUCGGAGGAGAGAAGUGAGGAUACUGAAGUUAUCCCUGGUAGAGAUUUAAGCGCUUCCAUGGAGAAAGAAUGGAAGAUGUUGAAGAAUGACAGCGACAAGGUAACUGGAGGUCUUGAGAAAUAUGUUGAUCUUGGUGAUACUGAUGCAAAGAAUGAGACCAACAAUGAGAAGAUGAAUGAAGUUAUGAUUGAUGAAAAAGAAUCCGAGGAUAGUUUAGUCCAAGUAGACAAGCUAGAAGAAGCAUCGCAGGCUGAUAAAGCUAUUUGUGAGGGAAGUUUGAAGAAGAAUGAAAAUGAACCAGAGAUUCGAGAUGUUGAGGUUCAUGUUGAUCUUGGUGAUAAUCCUGUCUUGGAAUAUGCAAACACUGAUACAAACAAUGAUAAUAAAGAGUGGAAGAACGAUCAAGCUUUCAACAGUUUAUUGCAAGCCGACUACCAAGAGACAAUUCAGGAGAUUGGUCCUGAGCCAGAGAAAAUCAACAGCUUUGAUGAAGACCAAACUGAUGGUGAUGGUGGUGAUUCAGAAACUGAACCGGAAGAAGAUAACUCGGAUAUUGACUCAGACGGCAAUAUCUCUGAUGCUGAUUCGACACAAGCCGUUUUGGGAUCGGAUACUGCUGUUGAAGAGAUGAAUUUUUCGGAAUCAGAAGGUUCUGCUGCUGCUCCAAUUUCUCCUCAUCUUCUUCUUGAAGAGGCUACAGUCAAAACAGCUCCAUUAUCUCCACAUGCAGCAGAACCAAUCUCAGUUCAGUUUCCAAGACCAAACAAAUCAACAACAACAACUCCACCCAAGAAGUCGGCUAUGAAGCUGGUCAACGUGGAUAAUAAGAACAAGGAGAACAACAUGGAGAAGAUGAUGAAUGUGAACGAUAGUGAUAAUGGAGAAUGGAAAGGUGCAGCUAAUAAGAAGAAGAAGGAGAAGGUGGAGAUCGAUGCAGAGAAGUUGAAAGAUGUGAGCAUGAGGCAACUGGUGAAGAUGGUGAAGGAACUUUCUAUAAAGAGCAGUAACAACAGAAAUGCGUUGCAGAUAUUGCCUGGUAAUAAUAAUCAGAUUGCAGAGUAAAAAGAGUGGUGGAUUCAAAAAUGCGUUUCUGUUUUUUUAUGUUUUGUUGUUGUUGUUACUUGUUAUUGCCUCAGACAGAAAAAUAAAAAUAAAAAGAGUAACCCUUUUCCUUUAUGAUGCAAA